GUUUGUUUACAACCUGUCCUUGAGUUCAUUCAUUGCAGAUAAGACGGGCAACAUUGUUGCAACUUUUGACACGAACCAGUGUUUCACAGCGCACAGUAAAGGAAAGAUGAUUGUUUCCCCCCCCCUUCCAGACUGAAAGAAUUGCAGUGGAGAAAUGUCUAGGUUGAUGGACCCUCCGCCCAAGUUCCUGCCACCAGAAUGGAGGCUUGCAAACCAAAUACAUUAUGGGAAUGCGGAGGCUGAGCGUUCACGCUCUGAGCGACUCACGGCUGAGAGUAAGAGGCUGAUAGAGGAGAGUGGCAUGGCAGCCAAACGCAUGCAACAGGAUGCCAACAAGAGACUGGAGCAGAGAAUCCAUGACAUCAAGUUCUGGAGGACAGAGCUGGACCAGAAGUUGGAGGAGGUUGUCCAGGAGAUUGAGGUGCUGAUAUCCUAUAAAAGCCGGGUGGAGAGAGCCUUGGAAAGCUGUGCCGAGCCCCUCAGAGUUGCCCUGCAGUGCCUGACUGAACGGCAGAGGCGUGUUUCCAUUGACCUGGUACAUGACGACGUGGAGCGGGAACUGAUGAAGGAGAGGGAGGUGAUCGAGGGAGUGGCAUCCCUGCUGAACCGCACCCUGGAGCAGACCAAUGAACAGAUCAGACUGAACCGCUCUGCAAAGUACUACCUAGAGAAGGACCUACGGGACAAGUUCCAAGCAGAGGAGAUUGAUGGUUUCUGCUCCAUCCUCACAAGCACCUCCCCGAAUAUUGACAACGCGAGAAGUCAGACAUCGCUCGCAGCACCAGGUGCCACUGUUACACCAGAGGAGUGGGAGACCUUCUCCAACAUCAACAUCCUCAAAGCAGAGCGCGAGAAGAACAACUCCCUGUCGCUGAGGGCUCUGGUGGACAGCCUCCUGGAGCAGACGGCUGCUGACAUGCGCAGGCAGCACAACGCUAUGGGCACUGCCCUCCGGCUGCAGGUCCAGGAGACCAAGGCAGCCAAAGGACAACUAGAGGACCACUUGGUAAAGGUACUGUCAGAGGUGGCCAGCCAGGAGUGCAACCUGGAGGCCCUGCGCGUGGCCAUCAAUGACAAAGCAGGUCCCCUGAAGGUGGCCCAGACGCGGCUGUCCGCCCGCAGCCAGAGACCCAGCAUCGAGCUCUGCCAUGACCCGGCCCAGGUCCGCCUGCUCUCCGAGGUCCAGGAGCUCACUGCACACAUCAAGAGACUGCGAGAGGCCCAGGCCCAGUCAGAGAUGGAGCUGCUGGCCCUGACCCGCUCCCAGCUGAUCCUGGAAGAGGAGAUCCAGGUGAAGUCCCACUCCCUCUACAUCGACGAGGUCAUCUGCACCCAGCUCCGCCAGCCCAUCUCCAUCCACAGCUUCUGAAUACCACUCCCACCAUGACAAGCCUGGUCCCUGAUCUCUUUGUGCUGUCUUGCAUCAACAGACCUGGGACAAGCCUAGACCAUGGCCACAGUGGGGCUCUUUAGAUUAUGCUGACAUACCCAGGCCAGCAUUUUACAUUUGACUGAUAAAUAAAAUAUGAGGUAUACAUUGUGAUGGAAA